AUGGAUAUUGUCAACCACGCCGAUGACCCAAUUGAUCCUUUUCAAAAACUACGCAGGAAACAGGAGAAAAGGGAGGGGGAGGGCCGCCUCCAGCAGUCUGCCAUCGACCUCCUGGCGGGCUCCGACAUCCAAUUUCGCCGCGAAACCCGCCUUGACAUCGCCCUUGUCAAAAAUCUCCCCAUCGCCAUCAUUUUCCUCCCGGCAGCUGAUAUCCCCACCUUUGUUGGUGAGGGCCGUGUCGACCUAGGCAUCACCGGCCGCGAUCAAGUGGCUGAACAUGAUGCAAACCUCCUGCCCGACGAGGUGUCCGGUGUCGAAGAGAUGCUUGAUCUGGGAUUUGGUGGCUGCAAAUUACAAGUCCAGGUCCCACAGAAGGGGCUCAUAAUGGAUCCCAAGGAAUUAGUUGGGAAACAUGUUGUCACCAGCUUUACAGGGCUAACACAGGGAUAUUUUGCAAAGUUAGAGGGGAAACAGUCUUCAAGUACGAAAAUCAAAUAUGUUGGCGGCAGCGUGGAGGCUGCUUGCGCACUGGGCGUCGCGGAUGGUAUUGUAGACUUAGUUGAAUCCGGGGAAACAAUGAAAGCAGCAGGUCUAAAAGCUAUAGGAACCGUUGUCGAAAGUACAGCUGUCCUUGUCAAAUCCCGUAAAACCACUCACGGGCUUGUCGAGCUCAUUGAAUCCAGAAUACGCGGCGUCAUCGCUGCUAAGAAAUAUGUCCUCUGCCAAUACAACGUCCCCCGCCCCUUGCUAGCGGCUGCGUGCGAGAUCACACCCGGCAAACGGGCGCCAACGGUGACCCCUAUCGAAGAUGCCGGAUGGGUCGCGGUGAGUUCUAUGGUGGAGAAAAAAUCCAUCGCCACUGUCAUGGACCAGCUGACAAUUGUUGGCGCAACGGAUAUACUUGUUAUAAGUAUUUCUAAUUCAAGGACAAGAUAA